UAUGUGCAAAAAAUUGAAAUGAAAAAUACAAAAGCGAAGGCAAUGCAAUAACGUGUGCGUGUGUGUGCAGGCAUUUGAAAUACAGAGGAAAUGAAUAGUAUGAAAAAAGUGCGUGCCAAGUAGGAAAGAAUCGAUGAAUUGAUUGCGUGCUGCAGUGGAGGCAGCGGGUGAGCGCGGGCGAACGGGCGAAGUCAGCUGGAAUUUGAAAAAGUGAAGCAUAAGCAAAUGCAAAGUGAAAUGUGUUGCAAAUCCAUAUAAGAAAAAAAUCACAACAACAACAGCAAAAUUGUAAAGUUUAAUUAAUUAAAUAAUCGAUCGAUAAUUCAUUACAUGGAAUUAUAAUGAUUCAAUUCAAUUACGUCUUGCAAUUACUGGUAGGAUGAUUUUAUUAUUGCUGUAAAACAAAGCAGUGAAAUAUUAGAAAGCCGCCGGUAAAGGAUAAUUAUCACAGAACGAGAGGCGAGUUCCAAGGAGGCGGUCAUUAAUGCACUGAAGAAGAGGUACGAUGACCGUGUAGUGUUCGUCACGAAGCUGCUUGCUCUGGUUUGCUUGCCCAAAGAAUCUAAUAAUUCUCAAUUUCAUACGGUUGAUAAGAGUUCAAACAACUCAUUUCAAAUCCAACUGCAAACUUAUACGUAAAACCUAAAGUCUCUAGAAUGGGUCGUUGGCGACGGGCAACGACGACGCCACCCACUACUUACAACAAAUGGAUGCUGACGUUGACAGCGGCAUUUGGAGUUCUCAUUUUCAUUUGGAUUCCACAAGUGUCAGCUGAAUGUCAAACUCGUUCGAUUUACUGCUAUGAAUGCGACUCAUGGACGGAUGCACGCUGCAAGGAUCCCUUCAACUACACGGCGCUACCGCGUGAUCAACCACCGCUGAUGACCUGCAACGGCUGUUGUGUGAAAAUGGUGCGGCAUUCGAAAUCACCCUACGAAGUUGUACGACGUAUGUGUACGUCGCAAUUGCAAAUAAAUUUAUUUAUGGUCGAUCAUGUGUGCAUGAUGGAAAGUUCAGGCAAUGGACAUAUGUGCUUUUGUGAGGAAGAUAUGUGCAAUUCUAGUAAAAAUUUAUUGCAAAAUGGUUCAUCACACCAUUACAUCAUGAUCUCAGCGCUCUCAUUCAUAUUAUAUUUACUCAAUCAAAUACAGAUUCGUGCGCAAUUGCAAUUUUUCGCUCGACUAUUGCAAAUGCAUAAACAAAAACAAAAACAAAAACAUAUGCAUAAGCCAGUAGAAAAGUAUGAGAAACAAAAACAAAAACCAAAACCAAAACUCUCACAACACACCCCAACCAGUCAAAUGCAACUCCAACUGCAAUAUCAACAACAAAAACAAAUGCAAAUAUCAAAUCACCGUUGUCAUCUGAAUGUACAGCAACAACAAGAACAAGAGAAAUUCAGUGUAAAACCGAAAUUUUGUUGCAUGCCAUCAACCGAACAACCAAAACAUGUUGCAUGCCCAAUCAAAACAACAACAACAAAUAAUAUAUGUGCACAAAUCGUAGAAAGAUAGAGUGUAGGUCCAAGUAACCCCCAAAGGCACACACUAAAUUACAAAAACUGAAAGUAAAAAUGCUACACACACACAUAAACCCGUAUAACAGUGCAUUCCGUUGGGUGAUGGCAUAAAGUUAUGUAUAGUAAUGUAUAAAGUAAUGUAGGGUAAUGCAUAAUAAUUAUGCUCAUAAAGCAAUGUUUGGUAUUGCCUAAAGUAAUUUGUGGUAAUGCUUAAAAUAAAUUCUGGUAAUGCAAUGAGUAAUUUAUAGUAAUGCCCUAAGUAAUUUCUGGUAAUGCAUAAAGUAAUUAUUGGUAAUGCAUAAAAUAAUUUGUGGUAUUGCAAAAAGUAAUUAUUGGUAUUUCUUAAAGUAAUUUAUGGUAAUGCAUAAAGUAAUUUAUGGUAUUGCCUAUAUUAAUUUGGGGUAAUGCAUAAAGUAAUAUGUGGUAAUGCAUAAAGUAGUUUAUGGUGCCUAUAAAAAUUUAUAGUAAUGCAUAAAUUAAUGUAGUGUAAUGCAUCAGUAAUACGAAGCACACCUCCUGCUGAAUUGUUAUUAAAAAGCGUGUAAUGCAUUACCGAUUUACAUUGAAAAUGGCGUGCACCGAACAGUAUUUUAUGUAUACAUACAUUACUUACUUUGUCUUACAUUGGUCGUUUGAAAUCGGAAAACUGUGUUGCCUUAACCGUUUGCUCCCCUGGAAUGCGCUGUUGGUGUUAACAAACAUCUUUUUACAACGUCCACGUCUCCAAGAAAGACAUACAUACUCAAGUAUUUGUAUAUUUACAAUUACUUUGUUUAUAAUAAUUACAUAAAUAAGUAAUUACUGCAUUAAUACAUAUUCGUACAUAGUACAUAAAUACAUACAUACAUUAUACGUACUUAGUUACGCUCCACGCUCGUUUUAGUCUUUCUCCACCCCUCUAAAGAUCAGACACAAACACUUGUUAUUUUUUCUCUAGAAAUUUUGCUCUUAACUCUAAAUUAUGACAACUCGAAAACACUGCAUAGUUUUCAAUUGAAUACUUACAUACAAACUAUGUACUUAGGCAUUAGUUUUUUUUUUUUAAUUUUUCCCAAAAUGCUCGUGAGUUUUAGUUUUAAAUUUUAUUUUCAAAAAUGUUUGUAGUAUUAAUUAGUAAGCAUUGUAAUUCAAUAAGGAACUUUAUUAAUUUAUGUUUAUUUUUUGUUUUGGGUUUUUAGCAAUAAAAAUAUUUAUUUAUUACUUAGUAGUCAUAUAUGUAUUGUGUAAUGCAAAGAAAAAAGACGUAGUUAUUAAUUGUUAAUUAAUUUUCUUAGUACUUAGUAGUAAAAAAAAAUAUAGCUAUUUUUAAAUAUUCAAAUAAAAGCGUGAGUGAUUAGUGCAAGCACUAGAACUUAGUGUAACCUGCAAGUUAAGUAAAAAUAUAUCAUUUAUAAAAGAAAAUUCUAAGCAUUGCAUGCUUUUUGGCUUCAAAGACGUAGAAUAAACGGUAAAUAUACACUUAGUAGUGAAAUGUGGCAACAAUGCAAUUUUAUGCUUUGUGUGCGAGUAGUGCAAAGCGGCAAGCUUUCGUUUAGUGAAGCUUGUCGAAAAUACCUUUAUCGUUUUUGUUAAAUUAUUUUUCAAAAAUAAAAUUAUAUUUCAAUUUAAAGCAAACAGUUAUUAAUAUUAUUUCCAAAAAUAUAGUUUUCAAAGCAUGUAAUACAUCUGCACUUAUUUAUUUAAUUAAGCGAAAGCUCUGUGCUUGUAAUGAGGGUAAAUGAAAAAUGUUUUUCAUACCUAAAAUAAUUUAGAAAUAUUUUCUUAAAAUGUGUGGGCAUUUAGUUCCAAAAAGACAUUCGAACCCUAAAGCAACCGAUCACAUAUUUCAGUUGGAACUGAUAAUACGAUUUUUUUUCUCGAAGUCCGAAAGAUCUAAGACUAAAUAUUAUUAAUAAAUAUUGCUUACGUUCAUUAUUUCCAAAGAGUUUUUAAUCUCAAUAUCUCCCCUAUAUAUAUUUUGAAAGACUAUUCGAUAAAAAUUAUUUCUAAUUGAAAAAUUCAAAGUUUAGUUCUCAUUAUUAGAAUUUAGACAGGGUGAAAAUGGACGUUUUUAUAUUCCUAUGACCAAAAAGUCCUAGAAGCUACUUGUCAGCUUUCUUUUAAAAGGCUUUAUGACUAGAAAUAAUUGGCUGUAGCUGAUCGAAAAAACAAAUCGUCUAUAUACAUAGCUUGUGCUGGAUAAAUAAUGGGAUCCAAAGUCUCAUGGUCUUCAAGAGUGUAUCGAUAUUCUAUCACGGCAGCCAAACUAAGUGGAUGCAUAUGAUACCAAAAACUAUAACCACUCCAAUAACUGUCUUUCCUUGCAAAAAGGUUUCUAUGAUUUUUAGUGAAUAUUUAUACAACAAAGAUUUUUUUCUGGUUUCUAUUAAUUUCCUUCAUUACAUGCACAGCAUUGUUAAAUAUUUUAUUAUAAAAACCAAAACUCUACAACACAAACAAAAACAUGAAAUUAAUAUUAAGCAU